UAUAAAUAUGUAUAAUAUAUAAAGUUAGUAUAGUGUGAGUGUGUCAGAUUAUUUACAUACUUAUAGUCUAUACACUUAUGACUUUAGUACCAAAAUGUUUUUCAUUUGAUUAAUUAUCCAUUUGUAUUGACACAGCUGAAGUUUACUGGGAAAAAUAAACUUCUAAUCCAAAAUUAAUAGAUUAUUGUCAUCCUUCUAAGGUCAUAGGGAGAACACACAAAUGAAAACAAAAAAAGAAAGUGAAAGUACAGAGAAAUGUUCAGAAAAUGAAAACCAUUUCUUUCCUAUUAAAAGCCAUGCAUACAAGGAAUGCCUUCAGAAAACCUAGGGUCCAAGAUUAAGCCCUAAUUCCAGCUCAGUAAAACCUGCAGCACUCACAUUUCCCAAUGGCUCACCUGUUCCCUCUACUGGUGGCUCUAGUGGUGACCAGCUGUAGCCCUGUUGGAUCUCUGGCCUGUGAUCUGGCUCGGAACCAUGGCCAACUUAACAGGAACAUCUUGGUGCUUCUACACCAAAUGCGGAAAAUCUCCCCUUUCUUGUGUCUCAAGGACAGAAGAGACUUCAGGUUCCCCCAGGAGAUGGUGGAAGGGAGCCAGGUGCAGAAGGCCCAAGCCAUGUCUGUUCUCCAUGAGAUGCUGCAGCAGAUCUUCAACCUCUUCCACACAGAGCACUCCUCUGCUGCCUGGAACACGACCUUUUUAGACCAACUCCACGCUAGACUUCAUCAGCAACUGGCACACCUGGAGACCUGCUUGGUGCAGGUAAUGGGAGAAGGAGAAUCUGCUGGGGCGAUUAGGAGUCCUGCACUGACCUUGAGGAGGUACUUCCAGAGAAUCCAGGUCUACCUGAAAGAGAAGAAAUACAGUGACUGUGCCUGGGAAAUUGUCAGAGUGGAAAUCUUGAGAUCCUUGUUCUUAACAACAAACUUGCAAGAAAGAUUGAGAAGUAAAGAUGGAGACCUCGGCUCAUCUUGAAAUGAUUCUCAUUGACUAAUUUGCCAUAUAGCACUUGCACAUGUGACUCUGGUUGUUUCAAAAGACUUUUAUUUCUGCUUUAAUCAGAGAAUUGGUUGAAUUAAUUCUGCAAGUACUUUGUCAGUAUAUUAAGCAAGUAUAUGUUAAAAAGACUUAGGUCCAGGGGCAUUAGUCUUUAAGAUGUUAUUUAUUUUUAUUCAUUUAUUUAUUCUUAUAUUUUAUCAUAUUUAUGAUAUUUACAUUCUUAUAUAACAAAUGUUUGUCUUUACAUUGUCUUAAGAUUAGAAAACAUGUUUAGCUUUCUAUCCUGUUAAAUAUUACAUUUUAUUGUUUAUUAAAAUUUUU